GGAAAGUCGACAUUUGUGCGCCUCCUCCAGGGGGCGUCAGAGGACUGGGAGGUGAUUCCUGAACCGAUUGGAAAAUGGUGCAAUGUGCAGAACGAGAGCGACGAUGUUUACCAGGAACUGAGCUCAUCUCAAAAGAGCGGAGGAAACCUUCUGCAGAUGUUGUACGAUAAACCAAGCCGCUGGUCCUACACCUUCCAGAGUUAUGCGUGUCUCAGCAGAGUUCGUUCUCAGCUUCAGUCGCCGUCGAUCAAACUUCAACAAAGUGAAAAACCUGUUCAGUUCUACGAGCGCUCUGUUUACUCUGACAGGUACGUGUUUGCAUCAAACCUGUUUGAGUGUGGGAACCUUUCGGACACUGAGUGGAGUGUUUAUCAGGACUGGCACACCUGGUUACUGAAGCAGUUCACACCUGAGAUCCACCUGGACGCCAUCAUCUACCUAAGAGCACAGCCACAGCGCUGUAUGCAGCGGUUGCUCCAGCGGGGCCGUGGGGAGGAGGCGGGACUACCUCUUGAGUAUCUGGAGCAGCUUCACUUCAAACAUGAGGCGUGGCUUCACCACAGGAGCCUCAGGUUGGACUUUGAUUAUCUGAACGAUCUUCCUGUUCUGACUCUGGAUGUUAGCGACGAUUUCAAGAACGAUCGAAUCAAACAGGAAGUCAUCAUCGACAAGGUCAAAGACUUCCUCACCACGCUGUAGAUUCAUCCACCAAUCACAGCUCAGGAUGUGAGCAGUCGCUGCGUCAGAUUCAGUGUUUCUUUUGGUUUUUAAGAACUCGAUCAGUUUUCCUCUUUUUCUUCAUGUACAUAUUUAUUUUUUAUAUUUUGUAGAAACAUUUUAAAGUGUGUGUGUUCCUAUAUUAGUGUUUGUAGGAUAAACCUGGUUUUUACCUUCAUGUUAGUUUGACUGAUUGUCGCCACUUGUGUCAUCAGACCAGAGUGUGUGUGUGUUGAGUAACCAUGACAAUGCGUUCAGGUAAAUAAAGAUGUCACACUGGU